AGAGGCUAAAAGGGGGAUGGAUUGAGAGAGAUUUUUUUCAGAAAGAAAAUAUUGAGAAGAAGGAAACAAAGCAAGAAAGAGGGGACGGAGCAUGGCGUUGAAAUUUUUGAACAAGAAGGGAUGGCACACGGGAAGCCUCCGGAACAUUGAGAACGUGUGGAAGGCCGAGCAAAAGCAUGACGCCGAGCAGAAGAAAUUGGAUGAGCUUCGCAAGCAGAUCCAGGAGGAGAGGGAGCGCUCCGAGUUUCGUCUCCUUCAGGAGCAGGCCGGCCUCGUUCCUAAGCAGGAGAGAUUGGAAUUCCUGUACGAUUCGGGAUUAGCUGUGGGCAAGGUUAGUAAUUCCGAUGGAUUCAAGGCCCUUGAAGCAUUCCCCAAAGCUAGCACCGCCGUGGAAGCCUCCGACACUGCCAAGGCAUCGUCUUCGUCUUCAGCCAUGCCGGGUGCUUUGUUCGAAGAGAAGCCUCAAUCUGCCAACGAUGCCUGGAGGAAACUGCACUCCGACCCUUUGCUCAUGAUUCGGCAGCGUGAGCAAGAAGCCCUUUCGCGCAUCAAGAACAAUCCCGUACAGAUGGCCAACAUUCGCAAAUCCGUUGAAGGACAAAAACACAAGAAGAAGGCACAUGGUGACAAGGAAACCCAGAAGAAGCACCAUCAUAGCAGUUUAAAGACUAAAAAACAUUCAUCCUCCAGACAACGAUCGGAUUCAGAAAAUGAUGCCACUGAAAGGGGGAAAGCGAAGACUAGCAGACACAAGAACUCAAACUCUGAUUUGCAUUCGGGUUCUGAAGAUGAAUCUAAUGAGAGAGAGAGCCGAAGUAAGAAGGAUCGGUACAAAGGCUCAAAAUACAAAGAGUCGUCACCCAGUGGUUUGUCAGGCCCAAAUACUGCAAACAAUAAUGGUCGAGAUGCGAACAAGAGGAAUCGUGACAAGUCAGAGCGAGAAAAGUUUUCCUUGAAAGGUCAGAGAAAUCUUGAUGUUGCAGAAAAGGGAAGGGAAAUCAGAAGGUAUCAUGAAGCCAGCCGUCAUGAUGGGAGUGAGUCACAAUACAAGCGCCGCAAUGUUGUUCCCAAACUUUCAGAAGAAGAGCGGGCUGCUAGGCUGCGGGAGAUGCAAGUGGAUGCUGAAUUGCAUGAGGAGCAAAGAUGGAAACGUUUGAGGAAGGCUGAGGAGGAUGAUGCACGAGAAGCUACCCAGGCUGGCAUAUCUGGUGGCAGAAAUUUCUUGGAUGCUGCUCAGAAAAGUAUCUAUGGUGCUGAGAAAGGGGGAAGCUCAACAAUUGAGGAGAGUGUCCGUCGCCGAACACAUUACUCACAGGGUAGGUCUGAGGCACAUGAAAGAAAUGCUUUCCGGCGGUGAGGCAGUCGGGCAGUUAAUUGCUUCCUAUCCUGAUAAUUUUAGCUGUUAAGUGAUAAAUUCAGGUGUGCUUCUCCACCUUUGCCUAUAGGGUAUCUCUUUUGUACCAAGUUUAAACCAUGUUGUAUUGAAAAGCUAUUCGAUGUCAAGCUGAAUUAUGUUGAUAUAGAAUGCCUUUCCACA